AUGGGUUCGUCCCCGAAGCAUCUCAUCGUCCCAAUUGUGGUUGUCCUAUCGGUACUCAUGGAUCAUACAUGCGAGGGACAACAGCAUGAACCACCAUCAAUCUCAGACCCAGGAACCGUCCUUAUCAAAAUCCAGAAUGAUGUUGCCAAUAACUCAGCCACGCUCACGGUCCAUUGCAGAAGAGUUGAUCGUGGCUAUGAGGUGGACCUUGGAGCCCAUGAUGUCGCGCCAUACUCGUAUUACAAGUUUAGUUUCGAGACCAUGAAAAUACCGGUGACAGCGUACAACUGCAGCUUUCAGUGGCCACCAAAAAAUUAUCACGACUUUAAUAUAUUCUUUCAAGCCAGAGACGGGGACGAGGGUGAAAAUAAAUGGGUGGUCCACGACUGGGGACCGUGUCUCCGCAACACCGAAACUGGUAAUGAGGACUGUCGUAAUUGGUCUUAA